AUGAAUAGUGCGACGUAUGAUCCACUAUUUAGUGGUAAUCUGGAUGAUGACCAGGGACUAUUUGAAUUUGGAUUGGAUCUGGAAGAAGCAAGAGGUACUAAAGAUGAUGUUGGGAAUGUACCACUAAUUGAACCAAGUGAUAGUAUUUCAAAUGUUGGUGCACCAAGAUUUGCACCAAAGAUGAAGAGUUAUGGGUCACACUCGGUUGUCAGUGGGGCAAGCAACUGGAGUGCUGCAUCUCGGGCUAAAGUCGAAGCAGCAGCAAGCCAUGCAGAACUCAAAGUAAAGGCAGAAGUUCUCAGAAAGAAACAUGAACUAGAAAGUGAGAUACAAUUACUGCAGAGAAGGAAGGAGCAGUUAGAAUUAGAAGCAGAAGUAGCUGCAGCAAGUGCAAGAUUGGAAGCUAUUCAACAGGUGGAAGCUUCACAAUACCAAGGUCAAGGUCAAGUUCAAAGACAGCUUGCAAGUGAAACUUCACAAAGACAGCCAGGAUACAUUCCUCCUUCAUCUGUAGCUCAUGAGAGAACAACUCAACGUGCUGAUAAUGUACAAGGUGAGAACCAGCCAGUGUUUGACCUUUCAGCAUAUUUAAUGCAACAAACUAAUGUAAUUCAAAGACAAAAUGACCUCACCAAGGUUCUAGUGGAAUGCCACCAAAGAGCAUCAUUGCCUCAGAGAACUUUGUCACCAUUCAAUGGAGACCCGUUGCAAUACAAUUCCUUUAUGAGAGCAUUUCAACAUAGUGUUGAGGAGAAGACUUCGAAUCCUAGAGACAAGUUAUGUUAUUUAGAACAAUUCACGAGGGGUGAAGCUAACACCAUGGUCCGAAGUUGCAUGUACAAUGCAGAUCCUGAGAUAGCCUACAAGCAGGCCAAGGAAGUUCUUCUGAAGAAUUAUGGCAACAAAUACAGGAUUACAAAUGCCAUAAUCAAGCGUAUGGAGGAGUGGCCAGAAAUAAAGACCGAUGAUGCAGAGAAGCUCAAUAACUUUUCGCAUUGCUUGACCGAGCUCCUGAACACUGCCAAGGAUUUGAAACAGUGCAAUGAGAUAGAUCAUUCUAACAAUGUCAAGAUAGCUAUCUCCAAGUUGCCAUAUCGCCUAAGGGAAAAAUGGCGCCAUACUGCUGAUUACAUUCAGGAAGAAAAGGGAAAGUGUAUCCAGUUUGAAGAUGUGGUGACGUUUGUGGCCAAGGCAGCUCGUGUGAUAUCUAACCCUGUGUACGGAGACAUUAAAGGGCCACAAAGAAGAAGUGACACUACGCAUUCCAAUGUUAGCCAGCCCGGAAAAAGGAAUGAAAGACAAGGCUUUGCUACAAACAUUUCUAGUCAAAGGCAAGAAAGGUCAAGUUCUGACAAAUACUGUCUUUAUUGCAGGGUAUCAACGCACGAUUUGGAGACUUGUAGAAAUUUGGGAGCCAAGCCACAUGAAGAACGCAUCGAGUUUUGCAGAUCACAGGGCUUAUGUUUCUCCUGUCUCAAGAAAGCAUCACAUUUUGCAAAGGAGUGCAAGAGUAGGCUGAAGUGUACAUUGUGCCAAAGGACGCAUCCAUCAGUACUGCACAGACAAUUUCAAAAGGGAACCUCAAUUCCAAACCAAGAUGGUGUUCCAAAGUCUCAGAAAGAAGUUCCAGUACAUAAGGACACAGUACAUGAAGACACUGAUGCUACUUCUACUAACAGUGGAACCCCCGCUACAGACAAAUCAGAGAAUGGUGUAAAACGCACAUUGUCAAGUUUCAGCAGUGGAUCCGGCAGCCUCCCUGUUGUGAUUCCUGUAGUGGUGCGCUCAAAGGAAAGUGGAAAGCAAAUACAGACAUAUGCAUUUCUGGACAAUGGAAGCAAUGCAGUUUUUGUUAGCCAAGACAUGAAGGACAGGCUCCAGCUAUCUGGAAAAAGGAAAAACAUACAAUUGCAAACCUUGACACAGAGUAAGGCCGUAAACUGUGAAGUAAUCAACGAUAUAGAGGUUCUAGACUUAAAGCAGGAGAACAACCUUCAAAUCAGAGAAGCAUUUGUCCAGCAGUCUAUUCCAGUCGGGAAAGAGGAAGUUCCAACACAAGCCAAGUUGAGGCAGUUUCCAUACCUCCACCAUAUUCAGUUGCCAGAAAUUGAUGAGGAUGUGGGCAUACUAAUUGGAAAUAACAUUCCAAAAGCGUCAGAACCGCUGGAAGUUAUCCACAGUGAACAUGAUGGUUCUUUUGCAUUUAGAACCUUGUUAGGUUGGGCAGUGUGUGGUUUAUCUAAGUCUGACGAGUCACAAAGGAUCUCAGCUCAUCAUGUUUCGGUUCAAGCAGAUAUUAAUCAGCAGCUGGUAGAUAUGUUCAACCAAGACUUCAGUGAAAGGGUGAUAAAUGAUAAACCUGAGAAGUCAAGACAGGAUAGGCAGUUUAUAGACUCAGUUGAAGGAUCUAUUCAGCAUGUAGAUGGGCAUUAUGAGAUUGGUCUGCCUCUAAAAAGCCAAAGUAUGAAUAUGCCUAACAAUAAACCUCAGGCUGAACAGCGUUUAGCACAUCUACAGAGGAAGUUCAUGCGUCAGCCACAAUUUCACAGAGAAUACAAGGACUUCAUGCACAAGGUAAUAGAUAAGAACUAUGCUGAAAUGGUGCCAGACAAGGAACUUCAGAAAAGGAAUGGUGAAGUCUGGUACAUCCCACACCAUGGUGUCUACCAUCCUCAGAAAAGGAAACUACGAGUUGUAUAUGACUGUGCAGCUGCCUACAGGGGGCAGUCCCUAAACCAAAAUCUUCUACAGGGGCCGGACCUGACAAAUAGCCUGUUGGGUGUUCUGACCAGAUUCCGUCAAGACCACAUUGCAGUCAUGGCAGAUAUUGAGGCGAUGUUUUCUCAAGUAAGACUACGGAAAGAAGACAAGGAUCUCCACAGGUUUUUGUGGUGGCCUGAUGGCAAUAUCGAACGACCAAUCAAGGAGUAUCGCAUGAAUGUCCAUGUAUUUGGGGCCACCUCCUCACCAGCGUGUGCCAACUAUGCUUUGAAACAGACAGCAGAACAGUGUGAACACGAAGAAGUUGCACAUAUCAUACAACACAACUUCUAUGUAGACGAUUGUCUAUACUCAUCCUCUACUGUUGAGAAGGCUGUAGAGCUCUCAAAAGGGCUACAAGCCACAUGUGGAAGAGGAGGUUUCCACCUCACCAAAUGGAACAGUAACCAUAGGGCAGUUUUGCACGCAAUACCAAAGGACGAGAGAGCCAGCAGCGUUCAACAGCUAAACUUUGAAAAGGACAAGCUUCCACAGGAAAGAGCUCUUGGGAUACUUUGGAAUGCUGAAACAGACUCAUUCGGCUACAGCAUCAAGAUCAAGGAUCGGCCGCCAACAAAAAGGGGCAUGCUAUCAAUCAUCAGCUCAGUGUAUGACCCAUUGGGUUUUGUGUCUCCUGUGAUCUUAACAGCAAAACAACUACUACAAGACCUAUGUAGACUCAAGAUAGGAUGGGAUGAUGAGAUACCAGCCAAACAGAUGAAAUUGUGGCAAGGCUGGUUAGAGGAACUACCGAUGUUGUCAGAGUACAAGAUAGAAAGAUGUCUGAGGCCAGCCUCAUAUGAGCAAGCAGAAUCUAUCUCCCUCCAUCAUUUUGCAGAUGCCAGCGAGGUUGGAUAUGGGACGGUCUCCUACCUCAGAAUGGAAAAUAAUGAAGGAGAGACCAGGUGCUCAUUCCUGCUGAGUAAAUCAAGAGUAGCACCCCUUAAGCAAGUAUCUAUCCCGAGAAUGGAAUUGACUGCUGCAAGCGUGGCGGUGAAGAUAGAUCAGGUGAUCAAAAGGGAGUUAGAGAUACCAGUCAAGAGGACCUACUUUUGGACCGACAGCCAGACUGUAUUGCGCUACAUUCACAACUCAACAGCAAGAUUCCAGACAUUCGUAGCUAAUAGGCUAGCAGUGAUUCAAGAUGGCUCUAGUCCGGACCAGUGGCAUUAUGUCAAAUCAAGUCUCAAUCCAGCAGACGCAGGCUCAAGGGGGUUGAAAGUACAAGAAUUACUGUUGAAUGAAGAAUGGAAAAGUGGCCCAGAGUUUCUUCUGAAGUCUGAAGAAGAAUGGCCUAAGACACCUGACAUGUCUCGUGAUGGAAAGGAUGAGCAGCUUGAGAUUAAGAAAACCUGCAUGGUGGGUUUAACAAGGCCUGGAGGAGAAGUUUCAACAGUACACAAGUUGACCACAUAUUUCUCAGAUUGGACAAGGCUACGAAGGGCUGUUGCUUGGUGGCUAAGGCUCAAAGGAAAACUGAAAGAAAGGGCCAAGUUGUCCUCGGAUAAAGUGUGUUCUGACACCCUUACAGUAGCAGAAGUGAAUGGUGCAGAAUUGGCUAUCGUUCGGUGGGUGCAGUCUGAGUCCUUCCAAGAAGAAGUAGAAGCCUUGAAUCAGAAAGGAAAUCAGCCAGGAAAGGCCAUACGCAAGAGCAGCAGCAUCAUAAAGCUAGAUCCAGAAAUGCAUGACAAUGUACUGAGGGUUGGCGGACGACUAAGGAAUGCCGAGAUUGAUGGAAAUGCAAAACAUCAGGUGAUCUUGCCCAAAAAGCACCAUGUGUCUACCUUGAUAGUAAGACAUGUUCAUCAAAGUGUAGCACACCAAGGUCAAAACCAUGUGCUAGCAGAACUUCUUCAGAAGUAUUGGAUAAUUGGAGCAGGUGUGCUGACAAAGACAAUCAUCAGAAAAUGUGUUACAUGCAGAAGGUACCAAGCCAAAACAAACACACAAAAGAUGGCAGAUCUUCCAAGGCCUAGGGUUGCAGCAUGUGAACCACCCUUCACAUAUACAGGCAUGGACUAUUUCGGACCUUUCGAGACGAGGCGUGGUCGAAGCAUGCAGAAACGUUAUGGUGUUGUGUUCACCUGUAUGACCAGCCGAGCGAUACACAUAGAAGUGGCAAGUAGCUUGGACACCAGUUCUGCCAUAGAUGCCAUAAGACGAUUUGUUAGUCGAAGAGGUUCUGUCAAGACAAUGUAUUCAGACAAUGGCACAAAUUUGGUGGGUGCCUGUAGUGCAUUGAAGCAGGCUCUACAGAAAUGGAGUCAGGAGCAGAUCAUGAACUUUUGCUGUAAUCGUGGAAUUCAGUGGAAUUUCAAUCCACCUGCUGCAUCACAUUUUGGAGGAGUAUGGGAACGACAAAUAAGAACUAUCAGAAAAAUCCUUCAUGCCAUACUACAUGAGCAGUACUUGAAAACUGCCCAGAGUGAUGAACAGCUUCACACCUUAAUGUGUGAGAUAGAGGCAGUUAUAAACAGUCGGCCCCUAACCAGAGCUUCAAAUGACCCCAGUGACCUGGAUGUCAUUACACCUAAUCAUCUACUACAGGCCAAGAUGACUACAAGUCCACCCCCAGGGCGCUUCUCAGAGAAGGAUGUAUACUCUAAGAAAAGAUGGCGGCAGAUGCAGUUACUAGCAGAUACCUUCUGGCGGAGAUGGGUGCGUGAGUACCUUCCUACCUUGCAGCAACGGCAGAAGUGGGCCCAACCAAAUCGCAGUCUACAAGUGGGAGACGUCGUCUUGAUUGCUGAUAAGGACGCGCCUAGAUGUUCCUGGCAGAUGGGACGAGUGGAGGAAGUAUAUCCGGGUAAAGAUGGUCUAGUUCGCAGUGCAAGGAUAAAGACAAAAUCCACAACACUCACGAGGCCAGUGAUAAAGCUGUGUUCGCUCCUGGAAGCAGAAUAG